AUGCCUUGCCGUUGGUCCCGCCGCUGCGGAGCAGCAGGUCACAAUGUGCCGACUACCCUCCCUUCACCCACCUCGGCCCCGGACGUCGAAGACUGGAAAAAGAUCCGUAAAUAUCACUUGAGAAACAUGAGAAAGCAGGUCCGCCAGGUCGUGCUGUUGAUGGCGCUGAUGGAGGCAAUCCGCGUCGGACCCCUUCAACUGGUCUACGCCAGUACACAUGGCUUUCCUGCGAACGGAGCCGAUGACUUUGGCAUUGCACACGCCGUGGGCUACUUUGUCAGCUGGCUGUACCUGUGUGUCUUUACCAUCGUCUUCGUCCCCUUUUUCAGCUGGUGGCUCCCUAGCAUGGGCUCGGACGAUCCGGAAAACCCCUCGACUGCCGACACCUUCGUCAAGGUCCUGACCAAGAUCAACCUGAUCCUCCUGCCCAUGUCCGCCGGAAUCAGCCUCAUUACGUAUGCGUACCAUGCUGUUUCGGCCUUCAUCUACGUCGACUCCCGUACCCGUGACAGCAAACGAUUCCCAAAGAACACCCGCAAGAACUGGCUCGUCCGCUUCUUCAUGCUCGUCGGCAUCGCCGUAGCCACUGCCGGUGGAUACGGCGCCUUCAACAUCCUGGCCGCAUGGGACCUCGCCCACGUCAAGACAAUCGAGUAUGCCAUCAUCGUUGUCCCGGUCCAGAUCAACCUGGGCAUGCUCUUUGGUACCGUGGCACAAUUCAAGAUGGAGAAGAGACUGGCCAGGAAGGAAGCCUUGAAACUCGAGAGCGCCAGGCGAGAAGCAGCAAGCGUCGACGAGAAGGCUAGUCUCUUGCAGGUCUAG